UGAUGUCACUCGCGAAUAAGGUCUUCAGCGAGAGUUGCGUCGCGUCAUUCAGACCCAGCUCUCUCUCGCUUGCGCGUCACAGCAGGAGAAGAGAAGAUGAUCAUCGACGGAGUUAGUGAGGGAUUGUCCGGUGUUCUGGACCGGGACAGCGAUGUGAUGACCAGUCCGGUGCACCUGCUGUCGUUCUACGGUUGCGCUUCUCCCGCCGAACCGAUCCUGUCAGACUCGGAGCAGAGCUCCAGCAGCGCGGGAAGCCCUCACAGCGACAGCGUGGACGCGCACGGCGCGCGCAGAGCGAGUCUCUAUCAGGGCGUGCGCGUGAAGAACACCGUCAAACAGCUGAUCCUGCAGAAGAGACACUACAGCCAGGGUCAGCAAUAUCAAGUAGAAAACACGUGUCCAGCUAUAAUUAAUGCGCUGCAGAGAAGGAAGAGGGAUUUGGAGAAUCUGAGUGUGUGUCCUGAUAAACGACCGCGAGUCCUGGACUCAGACUCGAACCCGUUUUCGUACGGCGAGAGCAUGAUCUGUGACUCUGAGAUGAUGGAGGACUUCGGGGAACGGCUCUCCAUCGAAUCUGUGAUGGUGAGAGGCUUUCCUCAGGAUCUGUGCAUUGAUGCCCAAAGUCAUCAGAACACAUUCCCAUCCUCGUCCGGCCUCGGCCUCGGGCUGACCGCUGCGCCGCCGGUGUCCUUCUUCCAGUGGCAGAUCCAGCAGGAGGAGCAGAGACUGGCUUCUGUGAGCCACGCUGAGCUGACCGCUCGAGACGCAGACGGAGACACGUUUUUGCACAUCGCGGUGGCUCAGGGCAGAAGAGCUCUGGCGUAUGUCCUCGCCAGGAGAAUGGCUGCCCUCGGCAUGCUGGACAUGAAAGAACACAACAACCAGAGCGCCUUCCAGGUGAGCGUCGCUGCAGACCAGCACCUGAUCGCUCAAGACCUGCUCCAGCUGGGGGCCGAGCUCAACACCAGGGACUGCUGGGGCCGGGCCCCGCUCCACGUCUGCGCAGAGAAGGGCCACAGCUCCACGCUGCAGGCCAUCCAGAGAUCUGUGCAGACGAGCGGACGGCCCGUGAACCUGGAGCUGGUCAACUAUGAUGGACUAACGCCUCUUCAUGUGGCGGUGCUGUCCCACAAUGCCGUGCUGCAGGAGCUGAGUCGUGGUCCGUGCGUUCAGAGUCCAGCUCUGCUGCAGAAGAGGAAGCAGCUCGUCGAGUGUGUGAACACACUGCUGCUGAUGGGCGCCUCGCUGGAGGCCAAGGACUGUAAGAGCGGUCGCACCGUGCUGCACAUGGCUGCUGAAGAGGCAAACGUCGAGCUGCUGCGCCUCUUUUUGGAUCAGUCCAACUACUGGUUGGUCAUCAACGCCAGGGCGUUCAGUGGGAACACGGCUCUGCACAUGGUCAGUGCUCUGCAGGGCCGCAGGACUCAGCUGGACGCAGUGACACUUCUGCUGCGACGAGGAGCCGAUCCCAGCACCAAGAACCUGGAGCAUGAGCAGCCGGCGCAGCUAGUGCCCGACGGACCCCUGGGAGACCAGGUGCGUCGGAUCCUGAAGGGGAAAGGAGCGCAGAGCCGCUCGUGAGAAUCGCUGUCAGUCAGGCAGCCGUCAGUGUACAGAUUCAUUUGCCGCCGCAGGCAGAUGUCAGUUGUUUCCAUGAAACAGUCUUAUCAUUGUUCACUACUGAGUAGUAGACGGCACAGGAACGUGAGAGCAACGGCUCAGAGAAGACACCGGACGUCAGAAGAGGAAUCCAGAAUUUGGCUCUGGUGUGUAAAAGAAUGUAAACCAUAAUAAUCUCUAAACUCUAUCUGGAUUAGUGUUAUUAGUAUUACUCUGAUCUGUUUUGUCAGAAGGUUAACAUAAGAUAAUAAUCAGUAACUUUGAACCUGUUGGACCAGAACGUCCUGAGUGUUGACUUCAGGCGUGUCUCAGCGUGUUCUUGUGUUUUCUUCCAUUGAUAAUUAACUUUUAUGAGUUCAUGCUAUUCUCGAGAAGUCCUCUAAUUAUUCUGUUUGACUGUAACUGCUGUUCUCAGAAUCAACAGUAAAAUCCACAUUAAAAUAAGGUUAAAGGGGUUUGUUUUUGAUGAAGACAGAAAGAGAUGGCAUUAUAACAGCUCAUAUGACUUGAUUCUGUAUUAUAUUAGUGCUGUAUGAGUUUUUGUGGUGAUGGGAUUAGUAUAUAGGAUUAUUCUUUCUUUCUCUAUAUAUAAUGUCAUUCAGCAUUGUUUAUUGUGCAUCAGGUGCGGGUCAUUGUUUGUGUUUUCUUUGCAGGUAACAUGAUAUUCUGUGAGUUUAAUUGUCCGCUGUAAUUCAGUCUUAAAUAAAGAUUCCUUGUUCUGUU